AUGAAAAGCCUCAAACGAGGUCUCGCCGCCGACCCAAAUGUUGCCAACAUUUCCAGUAAAGUCUUCAUUCGGUCCACCAAAAGCGGCCGGGUCCAGAAAGUGGUGAGAGAACAAUAUUUGAGGAAAGAUAUUCCCUGCUCCUCGCAACUGUGCACGUCUUGUGCUUCCACAGCCGCGCCCAAUGCCAAUGGGGUUGUCCCUAAGUUCGUCCUGUCAAAGAAACCGACCAACACCAAAACCUUUCCCAAUGGGCACUACCUAAUCCCCGAUACCAAUGUCUUGCUUAGCGCAAUGGACCUCUUAGAAGAGCCAGCUCACUUCUGCGAUGUCAUCAUACUCCAGACAGUUCUGGAAGAGUUGAAGAAUAGGAGUUUUCCUCUCUACAACAGACUGAUGGCAUUAGCCCAGAGCGAAGACAAGCGUUUCUAUCUGUUCUUCAACGAGUUUCGAUUCGAAACUGCGGUGCGACGAAAAAGCGGCGAGUCAAUCAAUGACAGAAACGACAGAUCAGUGAGAAAAGCAGCGGAAUGGUAUACCAAUCAUCUACAAAAAGUGACAAAGAAACCUCCCACAAUCGUGGUUCUCACCAAUGAUCAGGAGAAUCGGAAAAGGUCAAAAAAAGAGAACGUGACCGCCCUAUCACUGCUGGAAUACGUGGGCGGAUUGGACGAUGCCGAUAGAUUACUUGACAUGGUAAGCCAAGGCGCUGAAGCUCAAGAAGUCCGCGCAGCUCAAGUGCAGCUCUACUACCCUGAAUAUUAUUCCAUGUCCCGGAUAAUGACCGGAAUCAAAGCUGGAACGCUGCACCAGGGAGUCUUUAAUGUUUCUCCAUACAACUACUUGGAGGGGACGGUCAAAGUCCCCGCCUUUGACAGGCCAUUAUUGGUCCUUGGGAGGGAAAACAGCAAUCGAUCCAUAUCUGGCGAUGUCGUGGUUGUUGAGAUUCUACCCAAAGACCAGUGGAAAGCUCCCUCGGCUCAGAUCCUCGACGAGGAAACAGUCAACAAGAACGACAAUCCGGAAGACGAGGAACAAGAGGAGACAGUGGUUACGGAAAAUGAAAAAAGAGCACUCCAGGAGGAGGUUCGCCGCGCACAUAUUGCCAGUGCAGAAACAAAAGCUCAACCUACCUGCAAAGUGGUUGGAGUUAUCAAGAGGAACUGGAGACAGCUGGUUGGAACCAUUGAUGCCGUGUCUGGGAACACGUCUGGAAACAAACAGAGCACGGUCUUUUUGGUUCCAAUGGACAAGCGCAUUCCAAAGAUUCGGAUUCGAACACGUCAGAUCGAUGAGUUGAUAGGCAAGCGGAUUCUUGCGACAAUCGACUCGUGGGAGCGAGACACCAGAUAUCCAGCUGGCCAUUAUAUUCGUUCGCUUGGGGAACUAGAGACUAAGGAUGCCGAGACUGAAGCGUUACUUCUCGAAUAUGACGUCCAGUAUCGACCGUUUCCAAAAGCGGUUUUAGACUGCUUACCUUCGGAGGGUCACUUCUGGAAGAUCCCGGUUGCAUCGUCGGACCCUGGUUGGAAAGGUCGGCAAGAUCUCCGACAUCUAUUUGUUUGCUCGAUCGAUCCUCCCGGAUGUCAAGACAUUGACGAUGCCCUCCACGCAAGAAAGCUCUCAAAUGGAAACUUUGAGGUGGGUGUUCAUAUUGCAGAUGUGUCUCACUUUGUCAAACCUAGCAAUGCCAUGGACGAAGAGGCCUCCGCUCGAGGCACGACUGUCUACCUGGUUGACAAGCGAAUUGACAUGCUGCCUAUGUUGCUCGGAACAGACCUUUGCUCCCUCAAACCCCAUGUUGAAAGAUAUGCAUUCUCUACCAUAUGGGAGAUCACUCCAGACGCGGAAGUUGUGUCAUCUUCUUUCACCAAGUCUGUGAUUUUGUCCAAGGAAGGCUUCUCAUAUGAACAAGCCCAGAAGCGCAUUGACGACACAGGUGCAACGGAUGAACUCACUCAAGGCAUGCGGGCCUUGCUAUCACUCUCCCAAAAGCUUCGUCAAAAGCGGAUGGACGCCGGAGCGUUGAAUCUGUCGAGCCCAGAAGUUAGAAUUGAAGCAGAUAGUGAAUCUUCUGAUUCUCUAGCCGAUGUGAAGACGAAGGCGAGUUUGGCUACCAACUCACUCGUUGAGGAAUUUAUGCUUCUCGCCAACGUCACGGUUGCUAGGAAGAUUCAGUCGGUCUUCCCUCAAACUGCUUUGUUGCGACGACAUGCAACACCCCCGGCAUCGAACUUUUCAGACCUCAGUGAGCAGUUGAAGAGAAUGCGCGGUUUGGAGCUCGACGUGUCGAGCUCAAAGGCACUAGCAGAUUCAUUGGAUCUCUGUGUAGAUCCAAAGCAUCCAUUCUUCAACACCUUGAUCCGAAUCAUGGCAACACGCUGUAUGACGUCGGCCGAAUACUUCUGCAGCGGCUCGCACGCAGAGCCAGAAUAUAGACAUUAUGGUCUCGCUAGUGAGAUCUAUACACAUUUUACGAGUCCCAUUCGCCGGUAUGCAGAUCUGCUCGUCCAUCGUCAAUUGGCCUACGCGAUUGGAUAUGAUGGCCAGGGAAGCGAGGUUGUGGACUAUGAUCUUCGAAACAAGGGCAAGUUGGAACGAGUCUGUCAGAAUCUCAAUUUCCGACACCGAAAUGCCCAACUGGCGGGUCGUGCCAGCAUCGAAUACUAUGUCGGGCAAGCGCUCAAAGCACGGUCUGGGAAAGCCCCGGACGCCGCCAUCGAUGUUGAUGGGUAUGUGAUGCGCGUGUUCGAAAACGGCACCGUGGUUUUCGUCCCGCAGUUAGGCAUUGAAGGACUAGUCCGGCUCGAGGAUUUCCAUUUAAAAGCUGGUGAGGCCUUGAAGCUAGAGAGCAAGUUUGAUGCCGAGUCAUAUCGGCUUACAGUCUUUGAGAAAGGUCAUGAACAAGAGGGGGUUGCGGUUGAGCUGUUUCAGCAGCUGAAAGUUAGAGUGAACUCAGAGGAGAAGAGCGGUGCAAGAGAGAAAGGCAAGAGAAGAGUUCGAAUCGUGGUGAUGUCUGCGUGA